AUGUUUAUUCUAGAGAAGAACGCUUUAUUUUGCAUUACAUUUUCCGCUGUUUCACUGAUCACCUAUUCUUCCUUAGGAGGUGGAGGCGAAAGUGGACCACGAGAUCCUCCUAAUGGUUUUGGUGGUAAGCUGGCUUCAUUUGAUGGUAGUGGUGGAGGCGAAAGUGGACCACGAGGUCCUCCUAAUGGUUUUGGUGGUGAGCUGGCUUCAUUUGAUGGUAGCGUUAGGGGAGAUUCCGUUGGCUUUUCUGUCUUGUUCUUGCCAAACCAAUGCAAUGGAUUCCACUGA